AUGGCCUACCCCAAGUGGCCCGGCACAAAGUACCGCGUCAGCCAAACGUUCCUAUCCAACAUCAGCUUGACCAGCUUGUCGGACGACAUCAUCCGAGCUCUAGGUGAAGUCCUCCAGCACGAAGGCGGAAACGUUCUCCACGAUCAUUACAGCUUCGAGCAGUACUUCCAGCGCCGGGCCACUCGUCUUGCAAUGAAUCAUAGCUACAAGACAGUCAAGACUAACCCGUUCACCUUCGCGCGCAUCGAUGCUGAGGAGGUCUUCGAAUCGCCCGACAUGCAGCUCUCCGUCGAGGAAGUCAGACGUCGAGAGGUUCAGCGCAACAUCACUCCGUUACUCCCACUUCCGACCACGGAGAACACGAACACCAUCGACAACUUCGCCAGCUACCCAAGGACUGAGUGGACUGGAGUCCAACCAGCAACCAAGACUCCCUUCGAAAUCGCAUCGGACUUGAUCGCGCGUUCAAGCAAUAUCACAUUGACCCCAGAUCAUCUUAAGCUGGUCCAUCGUCCUUCUUCAACGUCACCCCAGCGUCGCGACGGAAUCACGCCAAGCGGUAUGCAAUUGACACCACCAUCCUUCAACACGCUGUUCGCGACGCGCACAAAGCCGUCUGGUCUGGAGCAGCAAACAUCUUCGCGAUGGGGAUCUGCCUACUCCUCUCCGUACCCAGGUCGACCUUCGUUUGGUUCGUCGUACUUGACCGAACCACUCUCUACGCCUGCCACAUCUCCUCUGACGGAAGUCAUGGACGACGCGUCGACAUUCCCACCCACCAAGGUAGGUGAUCUCACGGAUGCGCAACACCAUGCUCUCGUGCACUGGAUCAUCGAUGGGCUUGGACCGGAGCCGACGCACUCUUGCAACAUCGCUGACUUCUGGGCUGCGCAGGCUUCUCUUAAAUCGACGGGAUUUGCGCAACCUUUCUCCUGCGCUACAGCACCACCAGCAGUCCAGGCCCCUUCGAGCGACCCUGGACCUCAUCGUAAUCCGCCCGCCUACGUCCACCCUCGCGUAUCUUCCAUGCCCCACGUGGGCAUGAAGGAUGCACCCGUCAAAGUCAUGACGAGCUCUGGCGUGGAGUACCGUCUUCGUGGACCAGCAGAGCAAGACGCGACUGACGCUGUGGGCAUAGACCAAACCUUCGACGCGGUCGACGAAGAUCAAGACAUGGAGUCGAAGCAGGAGGCAGAGCAAGCACGUCCGGCCAAGGGUCUCAAACUCAAACGCCACGCCCCCCGUCCACAAGGCACCAUGCCACCACCACCAGCUCCCAUCCAAGCCCAGUUUCCAGCACCAGCACCGACCCUCCAGACCACCACGCCCGCAGCGACAGCAGAAUCCCAUCUCGAGGCAGUGAUCGCCGGCACCGCGCUCCCCAUCAACGAAGCGGAAGCCAAGCAAGCCCAAUCCGAGCGCCUCGUCCGUCUCCAAGCCUCAGGCUCCUACCACACGCGCUCAAAGGACCACCCGUGCGAAUUCUUCGACGCCGCUCGCUUCAAGCCAGACGACGAGUACUCAAAAGUGCGGUGUAUCUGCGGCGCCAAGGACCUGAAAGGCCAGCCCGACAUUGGUUGUGAUGCCGAGGGCGACGAAGAUCUCAUCAAGACGAAAGGAAGAGGAUGUGGCGUCUGGCAGCACGUUGCGUGUGUGCAGGAUGUGCUGUCGGGGAAUUGGAGGAAAGAGCCGUAUCUCUGUCAGAUGUGCGAUCCGUGGACGCAUCGGGUGAAGAUUGCGGCGAUGAGGCGGAUGGAGGCAUAG